AAUUCUCAGAUUUAUCUUCACCACAUAAUCACCACAACUUCUUCCCUCCCUCUGUUGCAAGCCCACCUACCCCACUUACCUCCAAGCUCCCGCAGCCCCUCCAUAGUAACUAUGAGCGGCCACGCCGAACCCCGUCUCCUCUACUCCAUUGGAGGCAUCAGGGCCUACCACAUACAGCAGGGCGAGGAGUCACCGCUCACUCCUUCAGGUGCACAAACGCUGUCCCUGUUGAUGGUACCCACCAACUCGCCCUUUGCAGACCUUAGCAACGUACACGGCCAGAACGAAGCGCCGCCCGAAGACUUCUACCUCCACCUCAACCUCCCCCCAGAGCUUGAUCUGCCUCUGCCUGCGACGACCCAGAUCUACCACCAGCCGCCCCACAGCUACCUCAUCCCGCGAUGGGACCUUGGCCCAGACAGCGGUGCCUUUACGAGGAUCGAGUUCCCACCUCUCGGCAAGGGUUCCAACACCGUGACCCAAGAAGACAUUGAUACAUUCGAGACCAUUCUCGCUCAGUGCACGGCUUUUCUUGAACGCGCACAAGCUCCUCAACAAACCAAAGGCGGUGCCGCCAAGCCAUACAACCCCGCGGACUACGCCCCCGGCGAAGGCUAUGCAGGGGAUGGCCGACACGGUGAGAUUGUGCUGAUCGAUGAGGACAAUGGUAGUAUUGUGGGCGAGCUGGCCGGCGGUGCUCAAAUUGUGGAAGAUCCUAAAGUGAGGGCCGGAUCCAAGAAUCCCGUGGAGAUUGUAGUCUCGCCAGACGGCAAGAAGAUUAUCGUGCAACCCGCGUCAGAAGAAUACCUCCAGAAUGCCCGCCUCCCAGCCUACCAGAAGUCCGGUCUCGUGCAGAACUCGGCUGCCGCUUCCAGGCUCAUCGUCACCAGCUCCAGUUACAUUGGUAAUGUCCUAGUAUCCGGUGCUGAGUCGUUCAUCAACAAGACGAAGCCUAAUGAGAAGCCUAUGGUGUUCAAGCCCGCGACGCAUGAACGUGUGCGCAAGAUUAACGCUCUCACCACCAAUGUCGCAGGCUUCUCCGCGAAGACUGUAGGUCAAAUUUCUAAGCACGCCCAGAAUUUCACCGCCGGCGCCAUGGGCAAGGGCCCAAGGAAGCCUAAAGCCUACCUUCCUGACGGCACGCCCAACCCCGACUACAAGCCAGGUCUUCUCAAUAGGUCCAUGAUCGCCUUCUCUACCGUUGCCGACGGUAUCUCUCAGUCAGGCAGAAACCUUCUCACCACAACCGGCUCAGCAGCUUCCGCAGCUAUCGGUCACAAGUACGGCGCGGAGGCCGGCAGUCUUACUGCUGACCUUGCAGGCGGAGUCAAGAACGUCGGUCUCGUAUAUAUUGACGUUACUGGCGUCUCGCGCAAAGCCAUCAUGACCUCAGUCGCGAAGGGUAUGGUAGUCGGGAGAGUCCGUAAUAAGAAGGGCGUCGAGCAGAACGUCAUUGUGGGAGGUGGAGAUGGUGGUGUGAUAGAUUCCGACUUUCAGCAGAAGAGCGGUGCCAGCAACACUGGCAUAUCUUCGGUGGAGACAGGCGCUGGUCCGUCUGCUCAGAUUGGUUUCGGCAACGCGGCGCCGCCGGGUUACAGCCCUGGCGUGGGUGAGCCUAUCCAAGGCCAGUCUGCGUAUGGAUUUCCUCCUGAGAAACGCCGAUAG